AUGCCAUCAAACCAAGAACCCGAAGCUCCUCACUCGGUACUGCCCUAUCCGCCAAUUCACGAUACAGCUCCAUUCGUCGUUCUGUCAGAUUGGGAUGGAACGAUCACUGAUAAAGAUUCAAAUGAUUGGUUAACUGAUAAUCUCGGCUUCGGAUUUGAUAAGCGACGUGCGCUCAACCUUGAGUGUCUAGAGGGCAAAAUGUCAUUCCGAGAUUCGUUCAGACAAAUGCUGGGAUCAAUCCAUCAUCCCUUUGACUACUGCAAAGAGGAAUUGAAGAAGAAUAUCAAGCUUGAUCCUGGAUUCGUGAAUUUCCACACAUGGUGCAAGAGCCAAAACAUACCAUUUAUAAUCGUCUCAUCUGGAAUGGCGCCCAACAUUCGAGGGGUUCUGUCUACUCUGUUACCGGGACCCGAUACUGAGAACAUAGAUAUCAUAGCGAACGAAGUGAAUUUCACUGAUCCUGGAAAAAAGGGUGAUACAUGGGAAAUCGUUUACCGACAUCCCGAAUCAGGUUUCGGACAUGAUAAAUCACAAGCUAUUCUGCCUUAUAGAGAUUUAGAACAUAAACCAACUUUGUUCUUUUGUGGUGAUGGCGUAUCAGAUUUAUCAGCUGCAAAACAUGCAGAUCUUUUAUUCGCAAAAGUUUUACCUAAUGGUCAUUCAGAUUUAAAAACUUUUUGUGAAAGAGAAAAAAUCCCUCAUGUAGCUUUUACAGAUUUCAACAAGGUCCUUGAAAAAGUCAAAGAAGUAGUAGAAGGAGGUAAAUCAGUUCAACAAGUUCUCAAGGAGGAAGGUAAUUAG